UAGGAAUAAACAUAUAUGAAGAAUACUCCGUUAGCGUUAAGUAUAUUUAGUGGGAAGUAAAUGGCUUUGAACAAAAUGGUUUUUUUUUCCUAAAUAAAAGUUCACGGUUUGGGGCAUAUAGGAAGUUUCCUAUAUGGAAAUAAUGGAGAUAAUGCACUUCUUCUUCAAUUCAGUGCAUGAAUCCUGCAUCAAGACAUGUUCGAAGUCAAGCGAAGGAGGAAAGCAAACAUUUCCAAGCCAGAUGAAGAUCAACAAAAGAAACAAUCAGUUUUCAAGAGUACCAAAUCCAUGUGGAUGGAUCUGCAAACAGCUUCAAGUUUGCUAUCUCUUGUUGCCAGUCUAGGGCUAUCAUGGUUUCUUUUUCAGCAGUCAGUUCAGCUGUCUGCUGUAGAGAAGAAGUAUCACAUAUUAAAGGAGGAAGCUGUAAAGUUUCAAGAUAUGGAAAAUAAAAUUAGCAUAAUGUCUGAAAAGUGUGAGAUGGUACUAAGUUUGACAAAGCAACUGGAAGAUCUCAAUAUAAUUCCUCAGAUGAAACACCUGCAAGAGGAGAUUAACAUCAUGCAGAUAAAAUCCACUUGGUUAAUUCAAGAAGAGGAGGAGCUCCAGCAAAAUUUAACAUCUCUCUUUGAUGCAGUUGCUAAAUAUGAGGAAAAAACUAAGGCCAUCUCUGUAACAAUUGCAGCUGUGAAGACUGACAUUAGACGCAUUUCAGGUCUUCAAACAGAUACGACCUUAUUAAUAGAGAAUCUAGAAAUUCUAGAAGACAAAGUAAAUAAAGUUGAGAAGGACAUAAUACAGAGUAUAGGGAACCUUCUUACAAAUAGCAUUGACAGGACUACGAAACUACAAAAUAUUGCAUCUGAAAAUACCAGAGAAGUAAAGGACAUUAAGGUGAAAUCAUUUGAGCUGAAUGCAAAUUUUACCAAGCAAUUCAAUAAAUUUUUAGAUUUGGAAAGUGAUAGAGCUAAAGUGCUGACAACAGUAGCCUUUGCAAAUGAUUUAAAACCUAAAGUCCACAAUUUAAAGAAUGAUUUGGCACAUUUGCUACUUCUAUUAGAUGAAUUAACAUUACGAAUAGGAAGACUGCUUGGGGAUCUAUCAGAAAGACAGAAGGAACUUGCUCUCCUGAAUAAAAAAUUAACUAAUUUAACUUCAAUUCAGACUGAAACUGAGGGAUGAAUCAGUAUUUCAGAUAGGUACAUAUCUAAGAACAUUUCAGGCCUAACAAAUCAGAGCACCUUGCUCUGACAAAAUGUUAGAUGCUAAAACAAAAUUAGAAAAGUAAACUUCUGCUGUAUAUAGCAAAUUCAAUUUCCAAACAGGAAAUUUUGUUUCUAUGUCUGAAUUAGACAUUUUUCACCAAGUGAAACCACUAGAUUUUUAAAUUAUCAGUAAAAACCUAGUGAUACCUUCAACUUUUUAUUUAAUUAUUUGAUUUCUAUAGCUGCCCAUCUCAGCAAGUGAGUCAGGCUCAGCAAGUCACUCCGGGUGGCUUUGGUGAAAAUCUGGUAAGAUUUAGAUUUGCAGUAUGUUUUCAGCAAAACAUUCCUGGCGUAUUUGUAAAACAAGAGAAAAAUAUUGGAGAAUUUUUGAUGUAAGGGAUUCAGGGUUUUAGUAGUUAGACAAUACCAUUGUAUUUCAUUAAGCAUUUUUAUAUUAAAAAUAUUUUUGUUGCUUGCUUUCUUGUGCCAGCUGUAAUUCAUUAAUAUGAGAUGGGCAGCUAUAUAAUUCAAGUAAAUAAUUUUGUAUCUGUUAGACAUGCUAUGUAGGGACACGGUGGCACUGCGGGUUAAAUCGCUGAGUUGCUGAGGUUGCCGAUCGGAAGGUCGGCGGUUCGAAUCCGCAUGACGGGGUGAGCUCCUGUUGCUAGUCCCGGCUCCUGCCAACCUAGCAGUUUGAAAACAUGCAAAUGUGAGUAGAUUAAUAGGUACCGCUUCAGCAGGCAGGUAACCAUUCCGUUUAGUCAUGCCAGCCACAUGACCACAGAGGAAGUGUCUACAGACAAAUGCCGGCUCUUUGGCUUUGAAACAGAGAUGAGCACCACUCCCUAGAGUCGGACACGACUGGACUUAAUGUCAAGGGAAACCUUUACCUUUACUAGACAUGAUAUGGUGGGAUGCUCCUUUCUAACCAGCCUCAGCAAGCCACCUUCAAGACUUAAGAAACAAUCUUACAUUUAUGGUUUUUACAAAUUUAUCUAUGUACUGCUGAAAACGUAGCAAACCUUUCUUUUUGAUUCUGAACUUCAUAACCAAGUUAUCUUAAAGACAGUUUCUAGUUUUAAAUAUUUCCAUAGAAGAUGACUAUGGUAUUAGGUGUAUGUGUAAACUCAUACAUGUGAUUCAAACUGAAUGCUUGUUGAGGUAGGUCCUAUCUGGAAGUAAAUGUAUUUAUGGCAUAUCAUUGCAAUUUUUCAUUUCUAUUCUCUUAGUUUGCUUGUGACAACAAUAAAGGUUAUAUUCCUGCCUAAUGUAUUUUUUUCCCUAGCAGUUUCUCAGAUUAAAGAAUUUUGCUGUAUUGCACCACUGCUUGUAUACAUGAUUAUAUGAUCACCCAUUUAGAUCACUGUUUCAAAAAACAUUUAACUCACAUUAGAACAAAUUAUUAAAUAUCAAUGUAAAAAUAAA